GGCACAAGACAAGCCACAAAACAUUGCACAAAAUUCCAGAUUCCUUUGUUCUUUGGUUGCUCUAUAUAUUCCACAUAUUAGUUAGUAGUCAUAACCAAUUCUCACACAAACUCCUCUCUCUCUCUCUUUCUCUCUCUAAUAUUUGCCACUUAUCUUUCGUCCAUCCACUUACAAUGACAGCUUCGUCUGAAAACAGUAAAAGUUCUCUCUCUGGACUAGCUCCACUUGAGGCAGUACUAUUUGAUGUUGAUGGAACUCUAUGUGAUUCGGAUCCACUUCACCACCAAGCUUUUCGUGAAAUUCUUCUAGAGAUAGGUUAUAAUAGAGGAGUUCCUAUUGAUAAUGAUUUCUUUAUUAAGAAUAUUGCUGGUAAGCAUAAUGAUGACAUUGCCAGGGCAAUCUUCCCUGAUGAUUUCGAACGAGGUUUAAAGCUUACAGUAGACAAGGAGGUUGUGUUUCGCAGAUUGGCUUCAGAACAAUUGAAGCCUGUGGAUGGCCUUCACAAAGUGAAGAAAUGGAUUGAAGAUCGUGGCCUGAAACGUGCUGCUGUUACAAAUGCUCCAAGACCUAAUGCGGAACUCAUGAUCUCACUUCUUGGACUUUCAGAUUUUUUUGAAGUUCUCAUCCUUGGAGACGAAUGUGACCAUGCCAAGCCACACCCAGAACCCUACUUGAAGGCUCUGGAAGCACUGAAAGCAUCUAAAAAUCACACUUUUGUAUUUGAGGACUCAGUCUCUGGGAUAAAGGCCGGGGUAGCGGCCGGGAUGCCAGUUGUUGGUAUAACCACCAGAAACCCAGAACAGUUACUGAUGGAAGCAGAGCCAACCUUUACGAUAAAAGAUUUUGCUGAUCCAAAAUUGUGGGAGGCACUUGAUGAGCUUGAUAAGAAGGGAGGUAAUGCUGCUGCUACCAAUGAAGCUUGAAAACACCUUUUAGCUCAGUAAAAUGAUCAGAGAAAUUAUGUUUUGAAGUUUGAAUAACAAUAAUUUUUUAGGAGCCUUGUUGGUCCUCCUCUACCCCAUUAGCUAUUUAACUUGAGAAUCAUAACAUAUCAUUCUUAUUUAUGACAAUGUUUAUAGUAGCUUCAUAGCUACAUACAUAUAUUUCAAUAGAAAAUAUCAUUAUUAUCA